GCCCCCCCGGGGCCCCCCCCGCCGCCGGCGCCCAUUGGCCGGGCUUUGGGGGUGCAGCCGCCGCGGGGCCACCCUAAAACCCCGCGCCCGUGCCCGUGUCCCCUCCGUGACGGGCCACCAUGUCCCCGCGGGCCACCCGCCGCCUCCUGCUGCUCGCCGGGCUCGUCGCGGCGCUGGGAGUGUCGCCGGUGUCGCCGAUCCACGUGUACACGCCGCGGGAGGUGUUCGGCACCGUGGGCUCGCGGGUCACCCUGUCCUGCAGCUUCUGGUCCAGCGAGUGGAUCUCCGAGGACAUUUCCAUCACCUGGCACUUCCAGGCCGAGGGAUCCCGCGACAGCAUCUCCAUCUUCCACUACGCCAAGGGCCAGCCCUACAUCGAUGACGUCGGGAGCUUCAAGGAGCGCAUGGAAUGGGUCGGGAACCCCCGGCGCAAGGAUGGAUCCAUCGCCAUCCACAGCCUGGAGCCCACCGACAACGGCACCUUCACCUGCGACGUCAAGAACCCCCCGGACAUCGUGGGCAAGUCCUCGCAGGUCACCCUCUACGUCCUCGAGAAAGUGCCCACCCGCUACGGCGUCGUGCUGGGCUCGGUGAUCGGCGGGGGGCUGCUCCUGGUGGCCGUGCUGGUGGCCCUGGGCUAUGCCAUCCGCUUCUGCUGGCUGCGGCGCCAGGCGGUCCUGCAGCGGCGCCUGAGCGCCAUGGAAAAGGGGAAGCUGCAGCGCUCGGGCAAAGACGGCUCCAAGCGCAGCCGCCAGGCCCCCGUGCUCUAUGCCAUGCUGGACCACGGCCGCGGCGCCAAGAAAUCCAAGGGCGCGCCGGGAGACUCCCGCAAGGAUAAGAAAUAGCGGUUGGAGAAGGGCACCGAGGGGCCCCCCGGGGCGGGCGCCGGGGACCCCCGGAGACCCCCCCCCAAAGUCAUCAUGACCAUCGAGAUGGAGCUGCGGGGGGAGGGGAAGGCCGAGGCCGCCGCCGCCCCCCCGCCCCCCGCCCGCUCCCCCAGCAAGGGCAGCCUCGGCAGCGCCCUCAGGAACAUCCUCAAGCCCAAUUCGGGGGGGACAUGAGCCCCCCCCUACCCCCCUCGCACCCCCGGCUCGGGACCCGGCGAGGAGCGGGGUGUGGUCCUCGCCGCGGGCCCCCCCCCCCCGGUUUUGGGGACACGCCGGGGGUCCCCCCCCGCGCCGCCCCUCAGCCCCUCGGGCGGUGCCGUCCCUGCGCGGAGGGAAUUCCUCUCUCUCGGAACACAAAGCCACCACCGGAUUUUGGGGGGCGGUCCCCCCUCCCCGGGGGACCGUGUCACCCCUGUCACCCGCCCGGGGGGGUGAGUGUCUCUUUUUUUCCCCCGGUUUUCCUCCUUUUCUGGCCGUUUUCUCGUCUCUCCCCGCGACCGACCCCGAAUGACGUCGCGGGGUGGCCCCCGCCCCGUCGCCUUUGUCCCCCUCCUGUCGCCCCCAUUAACCCCCCCGGCCCAUAACCCCCCCCCCAAAGCCGACCGGAGCCCCGUGGGGGGAGGCGAGGCUGCGGCCGGGCGGGGGGCUCUGCCCGUGCCCACCCACCCCCCCACCCCCCCCGCGCUCCGGCACCGCUCCCCCCCCUCGACGUGUUUUUCUACGCCCUGUCCUUGUCCCCUCCGUGUCCCCGCGGUGCCAUUAA